AUAGCGAAGGGUUUGCGCUUUGAAUAGAACAAGUUUGCAAAUAAACCAGUCGCACACAAUCAACUCAUUGUAGGGUUGCUGUAAAAGCUGUCGCUGAUUUCAGUUUUUGAGCACGCUUCGUGCGAUCGAUUCAUUUGUAUGUAUCUCUGAGCGAAAUUAAAGUAACGAAAAUGUCUGGUAAGCCUCUUUUGUAUUCAUAUUGGCGCAGUUCGUGCUCGUGGAGGGUCCGGAUAGCCCUAAAUUUAAAAGAAAUCCCCUACGACAUCAAACCCGUGUCUCUCAUCAAAACCGGGGGUGAGCAGCACACAAACGAGUUCAGAGAGGUCAACCCGAUGGAACAAGUGCCUGCCCUCCACAUCGACGGAGUCACCUUGGUGGAGUCUUUGAGUAUAUUAGCUUAUCUGGAAGAAACGAGGCCCCAAAGGCCGCUGCUUCCGCACGACGUGGUCAAACGUGCAAAGGUCCGCGAAAUUUGCGAAGUAAUUGCGUCAGGAAUCCAGCCUUUGCAAAACCUCGUCGUCCUCAUUCACGUCGGGGAGGAAAAAAAGAACGAAUGGGCUCAACACUGGAUCAACCGGGGCUUCAGAGCCGUGGAGAAGCUGCUCUCGGCCAGCGCGGGAAAGUACUGCGUCGGGGACGAAAUCACUCUAGCGGAUUGUUGUUUAAUACCACAAGUUUUCAACGCGAGGAGAUUUCACGUGGACCUGCGACCGUUUCCAAUUAUUUUGCGGAUUGAUAGGGAAUUGGAGAAUCAUCCGGCGUUCCGAGCGGCUCAUCCGAGCAAUCAGCCAGACUGUCCCCCCGAAAUUGCCAAUACAAAUUGUUUCAGCCCUGACCCUUACGUUUGAUUUAUUGGUUUUGGUAGGUUUAUGCAUUCGUUGAAAUUCUAGAUCUGAUAUUUUUUAAUGCUUUUUAAUAAAUGUGUUUUUUGCAAAAUAA